GUGUAUAGUGAUUGUCGCUGUGUUAGCAACUCCUCACAACCCAACUACGCUGCACCUAUACCAGAGAAUGAGAGGGGAAGAGCCACACGUGGGUACUGUCCAGAACCAUGUAACGGUUUCUUCUACUACUUCCUCAUUCAGAUCAUCACCAAAACUGUGUCUUCCACAAGUCGUAUAGGUGGCAGUAUUGUCCUCCUCAGGUCAGUGUCAGAUGAAGAUAAAGGGCUGUCACUUGGUGUGAUUACAGUUUUUAUUAGUUUAUUUGGCUUCAUCCCAGCACCCAUCAUCAUGGGAGCCAUCAUAGAUUCUGCUUGUGUGGUGUGGGACAAGUCUUGUGGUAUAUCUGGCAACUGUUGGCUCUAUGACUCUGAAAAGUUUAGAAAAAUCCUUCAUGUGGUUCCUGCAGUGUUAAUGUUCAUCUCUUUGCUGGGAGAUAUCGUCGUGUUCCACUAUAGCGGUACACUGGACUUGUAUGGACUUAAGGAGGAAGAAAUAGAACAGAACAAGACUCAAGGCAAAAGUGAGGAACUCAAGCCAUUGAAAGCUGAUAUAGACCAAAUCUGUAAAGCAUAAAUAUAAAUGUUUUUACUAUAGCAAAAAAUUAUAGAUUAGAUACUUAUGCAACAUAUGGGAAUCUUUAUUAAGGAAACGUUUCGCCUACAGUGGUUUCAUCAGUCCGGUGCAAAGCAGAAACGGUGUAAGGAGAGGAAGAGUUUGAGGUAAUCAGUCCCUCAGCCUGGAAUCAAUGUGUUCAGUUAUUCCUCUUGUAGAAAGUACAGCAUAUGGCUGGAGAAAUGGCUUAUUUACUGUAGUCAGGCGAGUCAAAGUAGGAGGAGGCAGGAUCACAAUGGAACCAUCCACUAGUGUAAGUAGGCCUUCGUCCAAAGGUUGGACAAGUAUUGAAGAAUUCCUUGUAUCAAGAUCUCAUGAUGUUGCAGUGUCUGACAGAUGUGAUAAAUGGUUUUGAAAACCAACAAGUCAGUUGCUGUAUGGCAAAAUAUUUCCUUAAUAAAGAUUCCCAUAUGUUGCGUAAGUGUCUCAAUCUUCAACUCGUCGGUUUUCAAAACCAUUGAUCACAUAAAAAAUUAUAGUACAAAGAUUCUCUUGAUGUGGGCUUAAGUACAAAAUUUGCUGUUUCUGUUUAUAACCUAAAAAUACUUAUUAUUUUUAUCAGUUUAUAAGCAAUAACAGCCUUGUAUAAAAAAUA